CAGGCAGUCGUUAGUCGGGACCACAGUGGGUGAUGUGCGGGCGGGCACCCCGGGGCCCUCGAGGGUGCUCGCGGGCGUAAAGCAGCCAGACCCACUAUGUAUUGGAGGAAGGGGUCCUGGUGCAAAGUCAGCGGUUCGAAUGCCCCGGGCGGCCCGCCCAGUUGGAACCUACUCGGCGACAGCGCUUUGGGCUGGCUCGGCGAUGCAGCUGAGAUGCCCCGUUCUCCCUAAGGUCCUGUCACUUCCAGGUCGAGAGCGGUGCUGGAGAAUGUGUGGGCGGACAUCCUGUCACCUGCCCAGAGAGGUGCUCACACGGGCUUGUGCCUACCGGGAUCGGCAGGGCCGGCGGCAAGUCCCCGAGUGGAGAGACGCCGACAAGUAUCAGCCGUCCUACAACAAGAGCCCGCAGUCCAGUAGCCCCGUGCUGCUGUCCCGACUGCACUUUGAUAAGGUGCCACUGGGAAAAGGACGGCGCUGUGUCAUUCUAGCCGAUGGAUUCUACGAGUGGCAGAGAUGUCAGGGAACAAGCCAGAGGCAGCCAUAUUUCAUCUACUUCCCCCAAAUCAAGACGGAAAAGUCAGACAGUGUUGGUGCCUUGGACAGUCCUGAGGAGUGGGAGAAAGUAUGGGACAACUGGAGGCUACUGACAAUGGCGGGGAUCUUUGACUGCUGGGCACCCCCAGAGGGGGGAGAUACCCUGUAUUCCUAUACCAUCAUCACAGUGGAUUCCUGCAAAGGCCUGAAUGACAUUCACCACAGGAUGCCUGCCUUACUGGAUGGGGAUGAGGCAGUCUCAAAAUGGCUUGACUUUGGUGAGGUCUCCACUCAAGAAGCUUUGAAGUUAAUCCACCCCACAGAAAACAUCACUUUCCAUCCAGUCUCCUCUCUGGUGAACAAUUCCCGAAACAACACUCCUCAGUGUCUGGCUCCUGUUGACAUUCUCGUCAAAAAGGAGUUGAAGGCAAGUGGCAGCAGCCAGAAAAUGUUGCAGUGGCUAGCCACAAAGUCGCCCAAAAAGGAAGAUUACAAAACACUGCAAAAGGAAGAGUCAGAUGUGCCUCAGUGGUCCAGUCAGUUCCUGCAGAGGAGCCCGCUCCCCACCAAGAGAGGCAGCGCCGCACUUUUGGAGCAAUGGCUGAAGCGGGAAAAGCAGGAGGAGCCCCUGAAGAAACGGCCUCACUGCCAAUAAAUAACCCAGGACUUCAGUUUGCGGCUCUCUGUGUGUGUGUGUGUGUGUGUGUGUGUGUGUGUACACACUGGUGUGAGGGUGAGGGUCAUUUGCUUGGGUUCUUUCUGACAUGAAAGAGGUGGCAGUUUUAGUUGACAGUGUGGGCUUAUGGGGGGAAGGGGGUGAAAGGGAGGGAGUGGCUAUUCCUGGCUGUGACUGGGAACUCAGCAUCCAGUGUGGAGCUGACUGGUGUCCUCAGGAGUAUUCCUGAAAGGAGGAGGAGAGACCGCUGCCAUCUAAGGUCCCAGGGCCGGCAAGGCACUGUGGAUAGACCUUUCCUGGUCUCUGGUUGAGCGUUGCCUGCGGGAGCGCACAGUCCAGCCUGCUGUUCCCUGCAGAGGCUGGUCACUGUCCGCCUGUGGUCGCCCUGUCUUUUAGAAUAAGUUCUUAAGAUCAGUUUGUUUUUUCAUGGUAUCAAUGAUAUUUAAUUACUCGCAUUUUGGAAAAUGAUGCUGGGGAUGGCAUUCUAGAUUUUACCACCUGUCUCCUGGCUUCAGUUCUAAGGAAUGGAUUUUAUUACAAACCGGGAGUCCUGGGGCCUUUUGUGGAGAAAAUUGUUUUGGAAAUAAAAAGAUUUGGUUGGAGACAA